AUGUUCAGAAACAAUUACGACAACGAUGCGGUCACUUUCUCGCCGCAGGGCCGGAUAUUCCAGGUUGAAUAUGCACAGGAGGCAGUCAAACAAGGAUCAGUUGUAGUGGGACUGGUCAACAAGACACACGCCGUCCUGGUCGGUUUAAAGAGAAAUGCCGAAGAACUGUCCUCGUAUCAGAAGAAGAUCAUCGAGAUCGACUCUCACAUGGGCAUUGCUAUUGCCGGUCUGGCAUCAGACGCUCGUGUCCUUUCCAACUUCAUGAAGCAACAGUGUCUCGGCUCCCGGAUGACUUACGGCCGCCCCCUCCCCGUGGACCGUAUCGUUACGCAGAUCGGAGAUCGCGCUCAAACCAACACUCAGCAUUACGGCAAGCGGCCGUACGGUGUAGGUCUGCUCGUUGCGGGUGUCGAUGAGGCCGGGCCCCAUCUGUUCGAAUUCCAGCCGUCCGGAAUGAUUCAAGAGAUGCUUGCUUGCGCCAUCGGAGCUCGGUCGCAGAUGGCGCGGACCUACCUAGAGCGGAAUCUAGACAAAUUCGCCGACUCCAGCCGGGACGAGCUGAUCAGCCAUGGACUUCGGGCUCUGAAAGAGACCCUUUCUCACGAUAAGGAGCUGACUAUUGAUAACACAUCCGUGGGUGUUGUGGGUCUUGCCGGAGAAGGAGCCCAGGGCAAGAUUGAGAGCUUCAAGUUGUAUGAUGGUCAAGAUAUCUCACCACUGCUGGAAGCCUUGGAGCAGGCAGAGUCUGGGGAGACGAAAGAAGAGGAGUCUAUGGAGGUCGAUUCAUAA